AUAUAUUUAUUUUUGUGACUGGCAGGAAACCCCGUUGGUCCGAUAUCCAAUUUUCGCCUGGAAAGUCUCCGCCCAACUGCUAGUCUGAGGCCGUCGGCUUCCUCUGAAGCGCUUGGCUGUCCAUAAGCUGCUAAAUGUUUCUUUUAUUCCUUUAUGUAUCGUACAGACAAGCAGGAAAAUAGAUAUUAUUCGAGGACAGAAGUAUCACGGUGGAUUUGAAAGGUCGAGGGAUACCCUCCUGUCGGAUCUGCGUCGGCACUGUGGCACAUUUGUUCAGUGUUUUAGCUCCAGAAGCUAGCGGUUGACGAGACUGGAAGCAUCGGCACGAGCUGAUUUGACUUUGCUCCUAUGGAUCGCAAGAGAAUGAGCAUCUAAUCAACGCUUGGUAUCAUGGCCCUACUCUCGCCUUGACCUCUUGGUUCACCCAGGAUCCAAAAUGAGCGUAAGCAGUGAUGAGGUCAAUUUCCUGGUCUACAGAUACCUGCAGGAGUCAGGCUUCUCGCACUCAGCGUUCACCUUUGGCAUAGAGAGCCACAUCAGCCAGUCCAACAUCAACGGUGCUCUGGUGCCCCCUGCUGCCCUCAUCUCCAUCAUCCAGAAAGGCCUGCAGUAUGUGGAGGCUGAAGUCAGCAUCAAUGAGGACGGUACUCUGUUUGAUGGACGACCGAUCGAGUCGCUGUCGUUAAUCGAUGCAGUGAUGCCAGACGUGGUGCAGACGAGGCAGCAGGUGUAUAAGGAUAAACUGGCUCAGCAGCAAGCUGCCGCCGCCUCCAGCACCACAGCGGCCAAGAAUGGAGAGAACACAGCUAAUGGAGAGGAGAACGGAUCUCACACGCUGUCUAAUCACCACUCCGACAUGAUGGAGGUGGACAGGGCAGUGGAGAUCCCAGCCAGUAAAGCCAUGGUGCUGCGGGGCCACGAGUCUGAGGUCUUCAUCUGUGCUUGGAACCCUGUCAGCGAUCUGCUGGCAUCUGGCUCUGGAGACUCAACCGCACGGAUCUGGAACCUGAGUGAGGGCAGUUCGGGAGGAUCCACUCAGCUGGUGCUGCGGCACUGCAUUCGGGAGGGGGGGCAGGAUGUACCCAGUAACAAAGACGUCACCUCACUGGACUGGAAUAGUGAAGGUACACUUCUCGCCACAGGAUCCUAUGAUGGCUUUGCCAGGAUAUGGACUAAAGAUGGUAAUCUUGCCAGUACACUGGGGCAGCACAAAGGUCCCAUAUUUGCUUUAAAGUGGAACAAGAAAGGGAAUUUUAUCCUCAGCGCUGGUGUUGAUAAGACCACCAUUAUUUGGGACGCACACACAGGAGAGGCCAAACAGCAGUUUCCAUUCCAUUCAGCUCCGGCUCUGGACGUGGACUGGCAGAGCAACAACACGUUUGCAUCCUGCAGCACGGACAUGUGCAUUCACGUGUGUAAACUGGGCCAGGACAGACCAGUCAAAACAUUCCAAGGCCACACAAAUGAAGUCAAUGCAAUCAAAUGGGAUCCAACAGGAAAUCUCUUGGCCUCCUGCUCUGAUGACAUGACCCUUAAGCUUUGGAGCAUGAAACAGGACACUUGUGUUCAUGACCUGCAAGCCCACAGUAAGGAGAUCUACACCAUCAAAUGGAGCCCAACUGGCCCUGGAACCAGCAACCCCAAUGCCAACCUCAUGCUGGCCAGUGCGUCGUUUGAUUCAACGGUGCGUCUGUGGGACGCGGAGCGUGGCGCCUGCAUCCACACACUGACCAAACACCAGGAGCCCGUCUACAGCGUGGCAUUCAGCCCAGAUGGGCGGCACCUGGCCAGCGGUUCCUUCGACAAGUGUGUCCAUAUCUGGAACACACAGACUGGUGCUUUAGUCAACAGCUACAGAGGGACAGGGGGGAUUUUUGAAGUAUGCUGGAACUCCACUGGAGACAAAGUGGGCGCAAGUGCAUCAGAUGGAUCGGUUUGUGUAUUAGACCUAAGGAAAUGACACUGCCACUUGGAAGCCAUGGACCGACUAUGAAUGUGUGCA